AUGAAUAAGACCGAAAACUAUCAUCAUUACUGGUAUCGACAGUUUGUUUCAGUUACAAAGAAAACAUUGGAAAACUUCUCCGAUUAUUGUCCAACAUUUCGCAUCCAGGACAUCUCGCUAAGUCCAACAUCACUCGGGAAAAAUGAAUCUGUUGUGGGUUUAUAUGUGGAGAAAACAACAACGAGAAAAAUGACAAAAAUUGCAGCACAUAAUUUUCAGCUCUUCAUUGUCUCCGGUUUAAGGGAAUUGUCUCCGUUGACGCCUGAAAAGGGAUCACUUUAA